AUGGGACGACUACUCGACACGACCGGUGAGAGUAAAGGCGCAGGACCGACGGCUUUACGUGCUCUCCGAGGCACAGGGGUGAAACACCGCCAACUUCCCAACUCCGGGCUGUUACUGAGGCUUACUAUACAGAAAGACUCACUAACUAAACUUGGCCCGACCCUGGACUCGAACCCAGGACCUCCGGGUGUACAGCCGUACAUGCUAGCUACUACACCACCGAUGCAGUUUCAGAAUUCAUAUUACUUUAUUUCGAUACAAUCAUACUGCGGCACGUCGUGGCAAACCGCGAGUCACACCAAAGGGUCCUUCGGGCUGCCGAAA